AUGGAAAUAUGGCAUUUUACGGGUCCGCCUGGAAGGUGAGCAAAAAUUUUUGCAAAAAAAAUUGAUAGAUUUUUUUUGUUUGAAAAUUGAGAAUAUCAUUUAUCGAAUUUAUAAAUUACGCCCCCAACAGACAUUGAAUACAUUAAUAUAAACAAUAUAAAUCAGUCAAUUUUUCUCUCCGAAUUUUUGUUCUCAAAAAACAACAUGAGAGUUUUUGAGAGAUUUUUCAGUGAUAAGAGCAGCAAUUCAUUGGCUCAUUCUUGGUGAGUCACACAAUUUAUUUUUAUUUUUUUUUUGAAAGAAAAUUAAACGGAAAAUGCUGUAAGUUUUCAUAAAUUUACAAAUUUCAUUUAUUUUUUGAUAAAUUCCAAUUCAAUGUUAUUUUUAUAAGUAUUUUUACGUCAAAAAAUGAAUUUUUAAAUCUAGAUUUGAGGGAUGAGCUUAUAGUUUUAUUGCAGAAAGCGCCGAAAUUUUUCUAAAAUAAAAUUUUGAAAAUGCACUUUUUCGUCUGAAAUAUAGAAAAGGGAUCGGAAUUUUUAGUGAAAAAUUGAGAAAAAAAAAAUGAAAUUUUAACAACCUUUGUCAAACCCAGAAAAUACCGCUCCUGGAUUUCCUUACCUAAAAUCAGCAUUUUUUCAGCGACAUCGAUGAUCUUGGUUUCAUUCGGCCUUGGUCGCAAUACGAAAAAUCCGAAACUCGACAAAAUUAUGAAGAUUGGUAUGCAAGUUAUUUGCCAAUUGUUGUGAGAAGAAGAAGUCGAUGGGAAAAAGAAAAUCCGAGAUCAAAUAUUCAUCUUCGUGAGUUCUGGAGAAAUCAAAUUCUCAUCAUGACCUUCUGAUUUUUUAGUCCAACGAUUUGUUCGAAAAGGAAUUCCACAUAUUUAUCGAAAAGAUUUAUGGCUUCGAAAUUGUCCAGCGCGGCCAAAUGAGAAAUUUGAAGUUCCGGAUGAUGUUGUGAAAGCGAUUCGAUUGGAUUUGCCGCGAACAUUUCCAGAUAAUCGAUUUUUGAAAAAUGAAAAGUAAGGCAUACUUUUUCAAGUAAAUUUUUGCAUAUUCCUAAAAAUAUUAAUUUCUCAAAGUGUUCCUCAUUUUACCAAAAAUCUUAAAAAAAAAAUUGAAAGUUUUAAAAGCCAAAUAUCUCCUUCAUAAAUCAGGAAAUCUUAUACUCAACCUAAUUUUUGUUUCUAUUUAAUUUCAGAACUCAAAAAGUAUUGGGUCGCGCACUUUUUGCACUUGCCGAACACAUUCCUUCAAUCGGUUAUUGUCAAGGUCUCAAUUUUGUAGCGGGUAUUAUUCUUCUGGUAAUAAAUGACGAGCAAAAAUCAAUUGAUUUGUUUAUUCAUUUGAUUUCGCAACGUAAAGAUUAUUAUGGACAUAAUAUGAUUGGAUUGAGGCGAGAUUUAUAUGUUUUGCAUAUUUUGAUGCGAGAAUUUUGUCCGAGAAUUAUUGUGGUUUUGGAGAAAUCGGAUAUUGGAUUGGAAUUGUUGAUUGGAAAAUGGUUUUUGUGCAUGUUUGUUGAAAGUUUGCCAUUAGAAGUGAGAUUAAUUCGGGUUUAAAUAAUUUCUGAAUGAAUUUUGCAGACAGUUCUUCGAAUAUGGGAUUGCCUGAUUUAUGAAGGAGAUGUUUGGCUUUUCAAAGUUUCAAUUAUCUUAUUUCGAUCUGUUGCAAAUCAAAUAUCUGAAGCUAAAUCAAUUGAUCAAAUUUUAACAAUAAUUCAAUCGAUUGGAACAUCAAAAUGUUCACUUUAUUGUCAUCAAUUGAUAAUUGUGAGUUUAAAAAAGAAAAACACUUUGAAAAAGUAUUUUUUUUUAGAAAUGUGCGAACCUUUCAAUAACUGGAAAUCGAAUCGAAGAACUUCGCGCUGAAGCGGAAAAAAUAAUUGUCUAA